UUAGCCUACAACAAAAACGACGUUUACGAUCGCUAUCGUGUUCUGUCGUUUAGCUACUUCAUUUUUUCAACAUCAGAUUGUGUUUUGUUGUGGACCAGCGAUGAAGUGGAUCUUCCCUUUUGUUCUUGUUCGUCGGGUUUUCCUGCUUCUUCUUUUGUUCCGGACCGCUUAUGGAGACGUGAGCUUUUCUUUCCCAGAGGAGAUGAAACGAGGAUCGGUUAUUGGAAAUGUCGCCAAAGAUCUCGGGCUGCAGGCGGCUGCACUGUCCGCCAGAAGAGCGCGCAUCGACACCGACGGGACAGACAAACGUUACUGUGACAUAAACCUGAAGAACGGAGAGCUGAUUGUGGCCGACAGGAUUGACCGCGAGGGGCUUUGCGGAGAAAAGGUUUCCUGCGUUUUAAAACACGAGCUCGUGCUGGAAAAUCCUCUCGAGCUUCAUCGCGUAAACCUCCAUGUGCAAGAUAUUAAUGAUAACCCUCCAAAAUUCAAUGACGAAUCGAUCAGUUUAGAAAUUCAGGAGUCUGCAGUCAGGGGAGCGCGCAUUGUGAUCGAGGAGGCGCACGAUGCGGAUGUAGGGCAGAAUUCAGUGCAGCAAUACAACCUACAGAAGAACGAUCAUUUUAUUCUGGCUGUCAAUGGAAACAACAUUGAGCUUGUUCUAGAUAAAGAACUUGAUCGUGAAAAGCAGAAGGAAAUGGAUCUGCUCCUCACAGCUGUAGAUGGUGGAUCUCCUCAGAAAUCAGGAACAGUCGUCAUCCACAUCACCGUGCUGGAUGCUAAUGAUAACGCCCCAGUGUUCAGCCAGGCCGUGUAUGAAGCCAGUCUGCCCGAAAACUCCCCUUUAGAUACUGUAGUGGUUACAGUGAGCGCAACAGACGCAGAUGAAGGAGUCAAUGGAGAUGUAUUUUAUGAAUUCGGACAUGUCACAAAAGAAGUGAUGAAAAUGUUCAGUAUUGAUGUGAAAGUGGGAGAAAUUCUGGUGAAAGGUGAAAUUGAUUAUGAAAGUACAACAUCAUUUGAAAUACGCGUUAAAGCCAAGGAUGGUUUGGGACUUUCAUCUUAUGCUAAAGUAAUUAUUUCCAUCACUGAUGUGAAUGACAACGCCCCUGUAAUCAGUCUGAAGUCUGUGUCCAGCUCCAUCCCAGAGAACGCCCCUCCUGGUACAGAGGUGGGCAUCAUUAACGUGCAGGACAGAGACUCUGACAAGAACGGACAGGUCCGCUGCUCCAUUCAAGGCAACGCUCCUUUUAAGUUGGUUCCUUCCAUCAAAAACUAUUAUUCUGUGGUGAGCACAGGACAGCUGGACCGUGAACUAGUGUCUGAUUACAACAUUAGCAUCUUUGCCACUGACGAGGGCUCUCCACCUCUGUCCUCGUCUAAAAGUGUUCACUUAUCUGUAGCUGACAUCAACGACAACCCACCUGUGUUUGAGGAACAGUCGUACAGCGCAUAUGUGAGCGAAAACAACCAAGCUGGCUCCACUUUAUGUCGGGUGAGCGCUCGAGACCCCGACUGGAGACAAAACGGUACAGUGAUUUAUUCUCUGUUAGCUGCUGAGGUGAACGGAGCCCCGGUGUCCUCCUAUGUGUCUGUGAACGGAGACACGGGGCUGAUCCACGCUGUCAGGUCGUUUGAUUAUGAACAGUUGAGGAGUUUUCAAGUGCAGGUGAUGGCCAGAGACAACGGUUCUCCUCCGCUCAGCAGCAACGUGAGCGUGAGUGUGUUGAUCUGGGAUGUGAACGACAACUCUCCUCAGAUUCUGUACCCCGCCCCGGAGGGCAGCUCCUUCAUGACCGAGCUGGUCCCCAAAGCUGCACACGGAGGCUCUCUGGUGUCCAAAGUGAUCGCGGUGGACGCCGACUCUGGACAGAACGCCUGGCUGUCCUAUCAUAUAGUCAAAUCCACUGAUCCGGGACUUUUCACCAUCGGUCUGCACAGUGGAGAGAUCAGGACGCAGCGGGACAUUUCCCAAUCUGACAGCAUGAAACAGAACCUGAUUGUGGCAGUCAAAGAUAACGGACAGCCCUCUCUGUCUGCCACCUGUGCCAUGUAUUUACUCAUCUCCGAUAACUUGGCUGAGGUGCCAGAACUCAAGGAGAUUUCUUACGAGGAGAAGAACUCCAAACUGACUUCCUAUCUGAUCAUCGCUCUGGUUUGUGUGUCCACCUUCUUCCUGACCUUCAUCAUCAUCAUCUUGGGUGUGAGGUUUUGUCGCAGGAGAAAGCCCCGACUCUUGUUUGAUGGAGCAGUUGCCAUCCCCAGCGGUUAUCUGCCUCCUAAUUACGCAGAUGUUGACGGCACAGGAACUUUACGCAGCGCUUACAAUUAUGACGCCUACCUGACAACAGGAUCUCGAACCAGUGACUUUAAGUUUGUGUCUUCUUACAAUGACAACACGCUGCCUGCUGACCAGACUCUCAGGAAGAGUCCUACUGACUUUCUGGAGGCUUUUGGAGAUAAUGAUGCUUCCCCUGAGGUAGGCCUUAUUUCAAUAAUUGAGAUACAGAGGUGUAUUUCUCGGAGACAUGAAUAAUGAGAAUGCCUUUUUCAUAACAUGAUUUUUUCUUUUUUUCAGUUUUGCUUCAGUUAAUAGUUUUGUUAAAACAUAAUAAUAGUUGUCAAGUGUUCUUUGAUGAUAAAUUACUUUUAAGUUUUAUCUCACAAUUUAUAUCAUCAUUUUGUCACUGGGUUGUUUAGUAUCUCUGCUGCUGGAUUUCCUAUACAUUUUUAUAGUAGAUUUUCCCUUUUGAAGGAUGUUCUUUAUGUAUUUAAAGUAUGUCAUUUAAUUAUCCUGAAACA